AUGGCCUGUCAGUCGCAGGGCAUCCAGCAGCUGCUGCAGGCGGAGAAGCGCGCCGCCGAGAAGGUGGCCGAGGCCCGCAAGCGGAAGAACCGGAGGCUGAAGCAGGCCAAAGAAGAAGCUCAGGCUGAAAUUGAACAGUACCGCUUGCAGAGGGAGAAAGACUUCAAGGCCAAGGAGGCCGCUGCUCUGGGCUCCCACGGCAGUUGCAGCAACGAAGUGGAGAAGGAGACCCAGGAGAAGAUGACCGUCCUCCAGACCUACUUCCAGCAGAACAGGGAGGAAGUUCUGAAGAAUCUCCUGGCCUUCGUCUGCGACAUCCAGCCGGAAAUCCAUGAAAACUACCGCAUAAAUGGAUAG